ACACACUUAGAUUCCACUUGGACCUUUUGACUUGGAGUGCAAUUGCCAGAGCCGCGGUCUUGCUGCUUAUUCGUUCAUAUCCUAGGAGACACAAACCGGUUAACCUAUCUUGGACCCGUUACCAUGGAUGGAAUUCCUUGGGCUGCUGCUGCUACUGCCGCCCUAUGCCGGAUGCCAUCAACCUGGAGUACUGCUACACCCACGCCCUUAGAGGAGGCCCGCCGUUUUCAAACUACCUUGGCGGAUUCUUCUGCUGUUUCCCCCAUCUGCCUAUCUUCCCACUCUUGUGAUGUCAUUCGGAUUGAUGGCUUGUUCAAGUGGGGACGACUGGCAUGUUACGAUCAUGAGUGGGGAUGGUAUCUCCGGUGUUUAGGUAUGGUUUGGAUUGAUGGGAUUGUUUGUUCGUUUGUUGUUAUGGUCCGGAUUGGGCGUGGUGGAAACUAUUGAUCGGUUUAGGGGAUAGAUAGAUGCGUGAUGGCUGAGCGGGCAUCAUCAAAAGGGGGUUUUCAUGUUUCGUGUUGUAUUCUAAGUCACCGCGCUGUGUGCUGGUUGGUUGGUGGGAGUUGGGUUAGGCAUGGGGCUAUGUCCAACUUGAAGACGAGCAUGGUGGUGGUCGGGGUGGG